CUCUCUCUGUCUCUUUGGCACAAGAUUUGCAUCGACCACACGAAUCUUGUGCCUCCACCGUUGCGCUUGAUCGACGAAAACGAAGACGUAGUUGCGGUUACGCGAUUUGCACCAGCCAUCACUCGAAGCGUUUAAUGUUUGUGGGUGUGCGUAUUCACGAUCACAUAUGCACAUAUAUUAUAUGUCUAUACAUAUAAGUAUACUAAGUUAGUCAGAUAGAUUGUGAGAUUUGUGUUUGUUUUUGGUUUUGGGUCCUGUCUCUCCGCCCGCUUUUGUGUGUUGGAAAAUUGGGUUAGAGGUGGAACGACUUGGUUGCGCAUGUGAUUAAGGAGAUUACCGUGCGGUACGAAGGGGCGAUGAUGAGUCAGGCGCUAUCCCCCGCUCUGGAGAAGAAGCGGGCCAAAAAGGAAGAGCGAUUGCAAUCGCACCUGCAAACCUAUUUGAAUGAUUCUUCCGCGCGUCGUUCGCUGGUUGCCGCUUCCUCUGACCCGAACGAAUCUGUUGAUGGGUUCCUCGCUUCCUUCUCGCAAUGUCGCGACCAGGUGGAGGAUAAGCUGAGUGCAAUCCUCGCCAAAAAGUCGAGCAAAUCCGAUGAAGGAGCCUUGGAAUGUGUUCGAGAGGAACUGAAGAGCUUGUCAUUGGAAAUCGUCAACAUGGAAUCAUUGGUUGCAGAUUCUUCCUUCUUUUUGCCCACUUAUAUUAUGCAAAGCUCUCAGUCGUCGAUAACGAAGUUGAAAGAGGAGAUUGAGGCGACCACGGCCGAGCUUCUGCCGAAGAAGAAGUUCUCUUUUCGUAGCAAAACUGCCAAACCAACCAAGCCCGUCGAGAAGAGUCAAGAAAUUCUUCCAGCUAUACCUGCUACUGUUAGUGAUAGCAAUUCUAUUGGCCCAGUGCUGAGCUUUUAUGGUAUCAAGGAUCAACAUGACUGCACUCUUGUACGCUAUUCACAGGAUCUUGAGGACAGAGAAUUCAUGCUUACAAACCUUAGUAACUGUAAGAUUUAUCUGAAAGGUAUGUGCAGAGCUCUCUAUGUGAACAAACUUAGGAAUUGUCUCGUGUGCACUGGUCCUGUGACGGGAUCUGUGCUCAUUGAUGAUGUAGAGGGCAGUACAUUGAUGCUUGCAUCUCAACAAAUUCGAAUACAUUCCACGAAGAACACCGACUUUUAUCUUCGAGUACGCAGCCGACCUAUCGUUGAAUACACAAGUUCUGUUCGAUUUGCUCCUUUUGCAUUUCGUUAUCCCGGUAUUGAAGAUGCACUCCAAGCUGCCAAUCUCCAGGAGGAAACAGGGGAAUGGGAGAAUGUAGACGAUUUCAGAUGGUUACGAGCAGUGCAAUCACCGAAUUGGAGUAUCUUGCCUCCAAGUGAGCGGAUUUGUAUAGAUGAAACAGACAAUGCUUUGAAGAUCUAAUCCUAUAAAAGUGCGUUUGCACUUCUUACAAAAAGGACGGACUUAUUGUUUUUAUUCUGGAUGCAAUUCACUUCACAAACUUCCUACUGUUAGAGAAUGCUGA